GUUUGAAUGGGAAAGGAACUCCAAACGCCAACGCGUCCCCCCUCCCCGGAUCACAGAAUCGACGACGCCCAGUCGCCCGCCCUUCCGCUCGCAUACACCACCAUUCUCCAUCCAAAACCUUGUAAAACCCAUUAUAUUUAUAACUAUUUGAAGCUCUUUCCGUUGCAGUAAGCUUCAAUUUGUGGUUGAAUGUACUGAGCUUUUAUUCUCUCCGCGCCAGUACGGCGGUCGCGUUGGCCGUUGGGUCGAGGUGGAUUUGUCGGGGAGAGAUGGACGCUUUCGACUUCUAAGUCCUGGACUCGGAUACCUGCCUGAGUUGAGACAGAAGAAGAGACGGACUGCACAUGGCAAAGCGCGUUUACGAACUCUGGAAAGGAAGCAAUAAGUUUUUUCUUGGCGGAAGGUUGAUAUUUGGACCUGAUGCAAGGUCAUUAUUGCUCAUCACUUUACUUCUAGUCAUUGUGCCUGUUGCUAUUUUUUGCGUCUUUGUGGCAAUACAUCUUCGCCAUCAGUUUUCACCUCACAAUGCUGGAUAUGCUGUCAUAGUGGCACCAAUUGUCUUUGCGGUUAAUGUAUUGAUGUUACUUUUGCUUACAUCGGCACGUGAUCCCGGAAUUGUUCCACGUAAUGCACAUCCACCGGAGGAAGAGUAUCGUUAUGACACAUCAACACCAGCAGAUAUCAGGGGAAGGCAAACACCCAGCCUUCAGCUUCCUCAAACAAAGGAAGUAAUGGUUAAUGGAAUUCCAGUAAGGGUUAAAUAUUGUGAUACCUGCAUGCUCUAUCGCCCCCCUCGUUGCUCUCAUUGCUCUAUUUGUGACAAUUGCGUGGAGCGUUUUGAUCAUCAUUGUCCAUGGGUGGGGCAAUGCAUAGGAUUGCGCAACUACCGUUUCUUCUUUUGUUUUAUUUCGUCUGCGACACUUCUCUGCAUCUAUGUGUUUGCCAUGUGUGCUUUCUAUAUUAAGGCAGUGAUGGAUGAUAAUAAAAGCACAGUGUGGAGGGCAAUCAAAGAAUCUCCAGCAUCAGUAGUUCUUAUGGCUUACUGCUUUAUUUCCUUGUGGUUUGUUGGUGGACUCACUGGCUUCCAUUCCUUCCUCAUCCUCACCAAUCAGUACAAAUCCGACAAGCUGCAGACUGGUGUCCAUGGAAGAUUAAAAAAAUGGUUUAAAUGGGGAAGGCUUUGGAGGCUACAGUUCAUAUCUUGAUAUUUAUGAAAGAUUUUAUUAAAAUUUGUUUUUGUAUUAUAAAAUAUUAUACUCCGUAUUUAACAAGUUAUAUACUAAAUCCUCCCAAGUUCACCUCGGAAGUCAAAACUCCUCCUUCCAAACAUCCCCUUAGGGGCGAGUCCCCUUCUGUGAGAGACCAUGAUAUCUGAGAUGGUUGAUGGGUGGGCCUUCAUGUGUAAUAUUGUUCCCCAAUGAUAUGACUUUUGGUUCUAUAACAUCACCUUUUGUACUGAUAAGCUCACUAAGUGAAUAGCAGCAUACCAUGAAUUUCAGCAUUGUGGUUUGGAGUGAUCCAUGUUGUUUAAGUUUAAGCAAAGUGAUUGCCAUUACCUUCAUUUUAUAUUUCCUCUCAGAGUUGUUCUCUCUUUUCAAUGCUAACCUGCCAUUUCUUAAGUCGGGUUUCCUUAAAUUUUCAGCUCUAGAGACAAAUUGAAUGAAUGCCUUGAUUUACUUAAAAAUGUGGACCUAUAUCCUGAAGACUCAUUUUUAUUAUUAUCUUCGAAAACAAGGGUCUGACACUCAUUUUUAUGGGCGCGCUAAAUUUAUGACCUACAUUGUGCUGUCUAUGCAUGGAUCUGGGAGAAAUAGGAACAUCGUUCAUUUUCUCACUUUUAUAUGGCUACACUAUACAUUCUGACGUGUUUUCGCUUUUAUACCCACCUCCAGACAACUUAUGAAAACUUCAGAUAUAGAGCAGACAACAGGGUCAACAUUUAUGACCGUGGCUGUUUGAAUAACGUGUAUGAAGUGUUUUGCACAGAAGUAAAGCCAUCCCGAAACAACUUUAGGGCUUUUGUGCAAGAGGAGGGGGAGGCACAACAAAGGCUUCCUCCUCUUCCUGUGCUGCCUACAACAGCUGUGCGAGAAGAUGAAGAAACAGAGGGAACAUAUCGGCGUACAGAGGUAGAAGAAGACGAUCUGGGCAUUGGUCAGGUUUCGUGCAUGGGGGCUGAGGGGCAACGGAUUUUGUACGACCACACCAAUGGAGCUUCAUCUUCUCGAUCAGGGCGGGGAGAGGAUCCACGCAUCGCCCAAAUGCAGCGGAAAUUGGAGGAGCAGCGACGCGCCUUAGAGGAGCAACGAAAAAAGGACGAAGAAACAAGAGCCCGGCUGGAAGUGAUGGAACGGAUCCUCAGCGCCGGAUUUCGGUUUCAGCCUCAACCGUAUAUACUGCACCCUGAGCAGACUCCUCAAGUUCCUCAUAUGGGCGGUUAUUUCCGUUCCAACUCCGCAUCCGAGAUGCCUUCACUUGGAUCUUUUCAGGAUGUCUCUUUCCAGAACUUAUUUCAAACAUCUGGAAGCAGCCAAGGAGGAGGCAGCCAAGGAGGAGGCAGUCGCGGAGGCACUCGCGGAUUCCAAAGCGAAGGCCAGGGUGGAGGUAGUCGCGGAGGCAACCGAGAAGAAGACGAGACCGAAGAUGAUUAUCUAGAUUAUGAUGAAAUUGGAUAUUAUCAUAACGGUCGGAAGAGUAUGUAAUAAUACAUUUUUAAUUUAAAUUGAACAUUUCUAGUCUGUUUAUUGAAUGCGUAUUCUAGUCUGUAUUACUUUUAUUCCAGUUUGUUAAUUCUACA